UCUCUCUGGUUUGGUAGUGAAGGGCCAGAGAGCCUCAUUUAUGGGGGUGUGAGGGUCAAACCCUGCUGACAGCAGGCACCUGUGCAGUGGGAGGGGCACCGCCACCCCUCACUUCAGUGCCUGGAGGAGCCUCGGGAGGAGGAACAUGGCGGCAGGAGGCCUGUAGGCCUCACCCUAGCACCUGCCUCAGCUGUCGGCUCCCUGCCGUGCCCUCCUGCCCCUGCACCCCAUGUCUGUCGCCGUGUUCUGCAAUGUCUGCUUCUGUGAGCCCCGCAAGCCCACCCCACAGUUCAGCCUCACGAGCUGUGGGCAUGUUGUCUGUGAGAUCUGCCUCCAGAAAGGCAAAAAAGAUGAAUGUUUGAUCUGUAGAACUCCUUGUCGUACAUUAGUCCUUUCAAAACAGACAAGUCCUGAUAUUCAAUCACUGUUCAUGGGAAUAGAUACGUUAUGCAAGAAAUACUCAAAAGAAAUAACACAGAUUUCAGAGUUUCAAGAGAAACAUCGUAAACAUUUAUUAGCAUACCACAGACAAAAGACAGUAAAGUUGGAAGAAUCUCUACAGAAAGUAACACAACAAAUUCAGCAGCUACAACGUAUGAAAACUCCUGAGCAACCUGCACAGCUACCAUUUUCCAGUACAAGUAGAAAUCCAUUUUCCAAUCCUUCAAGAAAACAGAAUGGAUAUCCUUCAUGUUCUCUUCAUUCUAGUCAUGCCUCCACCUCUGACAUAUUUGAGCCAAUGGAGAUUGAUCCUAUACCGUCACCAAUGAGGAAACCUGAGACACCAACUGGUCCAACAAGAUUAUCAUUAAUCACUCCACCACAAGAUGGACGUAUGGGUAGUGUAUCCUACAGAAGUUCUCAGUCAUCUGGAAUAACGUCAAGUCAAUAUAGUGGAGCAGGAUCUACAAGGUCCACACCUAUAAGGCUACCACAUAGUGGAUUUUCACUUACAUCAUCAUCUGGAUCACAAAGUAGUAGAAUGGGGACAUGGGGUAUUUCAGAUCUCAGAACCCCUCAGCUGUAUUCACUCACAUCACCUUCCCCACAGCCAUCUGCAACAAGACAUCCAAUCACCAUCUCUGGACUUCUGCAAAGACAAAAUUUAGGAUCAACUAAUUUUUGAGGACAUUCAACAGAAAGAUGAUAAGCAAACAUCUGUGAAUUGUUUUGGUCAAGAAGCAUCUGGAGAAGCCCUAAACAGUCUCUGUGUAUCAAAGUGGUUGCUAUAAAAUGUCAAAUUGGCAUAAACCA